AUGAGGGACCCUUUCUUCAUUCCGCCGAUACCAUGGCUGGCCGAGCUGGUGCGGCCCUGGUGUGACCGCUUCGGCCUCCCCUCAUUGCCAGACCACAUCCACGAAGUCCUCUUAUCCGCCGUCUUCUAUUCGGUCAUCUUCUGGCCGAUUUCACCACUGCUGUCACGAUUAAUAGCGCCUCAGCACUACGCGAAGCUGUCUCGAAAAAGACGACUGAACUGGGAUGCACAUGUCGUGUCGUUCAUCCAGAGCACGCUGAUCAACGUCAUCGCCAUUUGGGUCAUGGUAGUAGACCAAGAGAGAAAGAGCAUGAAUGCCGAGGAGAGAAUAUGGGGCUAUACUGGCGCUGCAGGCAUGGUCCAAGCAUUGGCAGCUGGUUAUUUUGUGUGGGAUCUAUACGUGACCAGCACUAAUCUGGAUGUCUUUGGGCUCGGAACUUUGGCGCACGCGAUCGCAGCUCUGCUUGUCUAUACACUUGGUUUUCGACCUCUUGUGAACUACUAUGGAUGCGUCUUCAUUCUAUGGGAGCUAUCCACGCCCUUCCUCAACAUUCACUGGUUCUUUGACAAGGUCAACAUGACGGGCUCUAAAGCACAGCUUUACAACGGCAUUCUCCUACUCUUCACUUUCUUUUCUGCCCGACUUAUUUACGGUACUUUCCAGUCCUUCUACGUCUUCAACGACAUGUGGGCCGCCGUCAAUGCCCACCCUACAAAGACAUUCUCGGAAUCGCUCGUCAUGCAAUACGCGACCUCGGAAUCCACCGUCCCGACUUGGCUUGCAGUAUCAUAUCUGGCAUCAAACAUCACUCUCAACACCCUAAACUUCUACUGGUUUAUCAUGAUGAUACGGGCUGUUCUCAAGCGAUUCAAGCCAAAUGAAGAGCAUACUAGCGCUACAGAGGUCGAAGGGGUCGAAGUCGACCUGUCUUUGAUUGCUUCUGGUGUGUCUGUGGGCAAGGGGGCGCAGCACCGGAAACAGGCGACGUCUUGA